UUUUCAAAAUCCACUCCUGCUUAAUAAAGUCACGGCGGACGAGAGAGUGAAUUGUCCAUUUCAAGUGUAAAACCACCACGAGCCUGGAGAAGCAAGAUGAAAUUUCCAAGUGAAAACCCAAGAAAACCAAGGACCAGCCCUUCACCAGUGGCAGUUCAGACCAACCUGGUCCCGCCCAAGAAGAUGCAGCCCGGUAUGCUGCAGUCCAGUCUUGUGCACGCCAGCGUCGCCACCAUGCAGAACCCCAUGGGGUGCACCCUGCCCCGGGUCUCUCGGCCCAGCAGCGUGGUGGCCAGCAUGGAGGCUGAUGGCUCAGCUCUUUUCACCAUGAUGAAACUGAAGACGGUGUUGGCGGUGUUUGUCGUGGUGGUGGUCUACCUGGUGGCGGGUGGGCUGGUGUUUCGGGCUCUGGAGCAGCCAUUUGAAAACAACCAGAAGAUCACCAUCACCGCUGAGAAGGCAGCGUUCCUGCAAAAACACACGUGUGUGUACGCGGACGAGCUGGAGGUGAUCAUCAAACACUCUGUUGAAGCUGUGAACGCUGGUGUCAGUCCCGUUGGAGAUACCUCUUACAAUUCCAGCCACUGGGAUCUGGGUAGUGCCUUCUUCUUUGCUGGGACAGUCAUUACAACCAUUGGUUAUGGUAACAUUGCCCCGAGCACGAAGGGGGGAAAGAUUUUCUGCAUUUUGUAUGCAAUAUUCGGCAUCCCACUGUUUGGAUUCCUGUUGGCAGGGGUUGGAGACCAGCUAGGUACCAUAUUUGUCAAAAGUAUUGCCAAAGUGGAGAAAAUGUUCCGGAACAAACACAACCAGAUCAGUCAGACUAAAAUCAGAGUGGCAUCGACUCUCCUCUUCAUCUUGGCGGGCUGCAUUCUGUUUGUGACCAUCCCAGCUGUGAUCUUCAAGUACAUCGAAGGUUGGACAGCGUUGGAGUCUACAUAUUUUGUCGUCAUCACCUUGACAACUGUUGGAAUAGGAGACUAUGUGGCAGGUGGAAACCGCAGAAUUGCAUACCGCAAAUGGUACAGACCACUUGUGUGGUUCUGGAUCCUGGGUGGUCUGGCGUAUUUUGCGGCUGUGUUAAAUAUGAUUGGCGACUGGUUGAGGGUGCUUUCCAAAAAGACCAAAGAAGAGGUUGUGGAAAUCAAAGCCCAUGCAGCAGAGUGGAAAGCUAACGUGCGAGCAGAGCUUAGAGAAACGAGACGGCGAAUGAGCGUGGAGGCCAGCGACAAGCUCCAAAGAGCAGCCACCAUUCGCAGUAUGGAAAGACGACAACUGGGCCUGGAUCAGCGCGCCCUUUCUCUGGACGUGCUUUCUCCAGAACGCCGGGCCAUCUUCAAUAGCCUGGAUACCAACAACUACAAAACCUCCUCUCAGGAAAGCAUCGAGGCAAAGUUGAACAAUUUCCGGCAAAGAGGAGCCGAGACUUGUGACCGGCAAUCCAACCACGAAUCCGAGGACGACAUUUCUAACCGCUUGGGCUCCGUCCCCAAACCGGCCAAACGAAACAGGAAUCGGGACCUGAGAAAGAACAUCCCUGAAGACGCUCUCCGUCCUCGCAGUGAAGCCUACGGUUGGAGCACGCCCACGUUCGACUGCAGCACGCUCGCUAUGGACGACGGUAAGAGGAAGGAAGAGGAUCCGAAAGAGAACGAAGACAAAGAGUGCAACACCAGUCUGUCAGACUUUCCGUUGUUUGUAGAUGUUCGAAACGUACAAGCCUGCAAGUCGCACAACGGGUUGUUCCUUGAACCAAACGGAGGGGAAAAACUUGAAAUGCAAGAGCUGCAUCAUGAGAUGGGCCCAUAGUUGUUUUUACAUCGACACCACAUGUUUGAAAUCCCACCAUUCGUGCCUUAAGUUGUCCUUUCUCCAGUGUGUGUUGAGACUUUGUCUCCUUGUGUACCUUAGGUUCAACAUUACUCCCCUUACUCCACAGAAGUGAUGGACGUACAGUACAGUGGUAUCUCGGCUUGCCAGUGUAAUUACCUUCGCCAGGAGGUUAGGAUGAGCUUACUGAGCCUGAAUCCCUUAUUAAUGGACAGCAAAAUGAAUGAAUCAUAGUUUUGAAAAAGAAAAAAAAAACACUUGCGUCAAGUUGCGUUCCAUUGCUAUGUGUUUUCUGGUCACCUUCUCCCGGGCAGAAGGGCGACACGGCAGUGCGGCUGGAUCAAAAGAGGCGUCGGAGAGGCUUUACUGAACUAAAAGUUGCUUUAUUACAAGCGAGCGUCAUUAUACAGGACUGCAGUUCCUGGAGGAGGUCAAGUCAAAAAUGAGGCACUCCUAACUUGGAGAAACCAAACCAUCAGUUUUAUAUUCCUCCUUCCUGUCUUUGGGUGUGAGCUAAGUCAGGACUAUAAAAGGAAAUGUUAAUUA